AUGUUGGCCGCCCAUAGCGCUUCUAGAGUUACUGCCGGUCCCAAGCCCGGCAGUAGUCUUACCUUGUUUCUUAUUAUCAUACUCGUAGACAAAAUUCAUACUCAGCUCAAGCUUCGACGUAUAACAGUUAUAACGUUUUUCAAAAAUCAAACUGAAUGUGUAGCAACAUUAAUAAAAAAAGUGGGCCGUCGACGUACUGUUGCUCGGGGAAUAUACUUUCAAGCGCAUUUGGAUAUGUCAAAGAGGAAUCACAUACGGACGGAACAUUGCACCAUUGAAAACUCCUGGCAUAGUUCCUUACACCGGGUCAAUUGUGUUGGCCAAAGUUUCCAGUAUCACACGACGAUUUGUUCGCUGCGAUAUCGUCGCGAUUGGAGAAGUUUACCUUGCCGGACCAUUCAAGGGUCUCAUAAGACGCAGAACCAGGCUGCUGUUUUAGACCAGGCCGGAGUUCGAACCACGGAACUGGCCGCAAUCCUCUGUGCUACCUUUGAAAAUGUCCAGGGGACUGUGAUCGCCUAUCAGUAUCCACACAACUAUGUUUCCCCGACCCAAUUUAAGGAGAUUGGCAACGCUGUUAUCCCACGAGCUGAAUUAGCUUUUCGGUUAGUAACAAUAGAGGCUUUCAGACACUAUGUGAUUGGCUGCCUGCAACGCAUCGAAGGUGUCCAGUAUAAGAGAAACACAUUGCAGUUCAAUAUAUGUCUUGUCAUUAAGCCAAAAGCAACUGCUAAUCGGGAUGAUAUAUCACAUUGGCAGUUCUGGGACGAUCAUUCAGCUGGCGGUUUGAGACCUAACGUCCAAGCAGCUUACGAGGCAUUAACACUAAAGAUUAAUAGAUAUUUUUAUGCUUUAGAAGAACAAUGUGGAUUUCUGUCUCGCUCAUUAGGACAUCAUGAAGGUGUAGAAAAGUGCGUAAAAUUACUCCGCCUUAAAUCAAUUUACAAACAAUUACAUGAAUCCGGAAUGUGUAUUCUUUCGUUUCCCAAUAGUGGCUCUUUGUACUUGCGGUUUAGUCCUAGACAGGAUCAUGGUUCGUAUAGCAAUUUGUCAUUUGACAUGUUUGAACUGGUUUCUGAGGAGAUUCUUAAGGAUAGUAAUGUUGAUGAUAAUGAUUGGGGAUUAGAAUUUGGUCAAAAAAUUCGACAGUUCAAUCUUCAUCAUAAUAAUCAAAUUGUUUUUCCUAAUUUCAAUCCUCAAAGUGAAUCAGAUAUUACUGAUAAUUGUGUAUUUGUUUUAAUCGCUUCUCCAACUUAUCAUCGUCAUUCUAAAAUGGGUUACAAUUUGAAUGGUGGUUGGAGACCGUUAGACGCUGUAGCUCAACGUGUUUUACCUUAUAUCAACGGUAGACGACGUUUAAUUGAAUUGGCUCAGCUAGCUCAAUUAGACGUGGCUAUAGCUCGUCUAUGUUUAAUUGAGCUUGCUCGAAUAGGAUUAGUUCGUGCCUUACCAUAUCCUACAUUUAUAAUGCAACUUCUUCAAGCUGAUAAGUUUUCCAAUUCAACACUUAUUCCUGGAUGGUUAGGUUUGCCACGACUGGCCACUCUACUUACAGACUCCUCUCUUAGCAAGAUGUGCUUGGAAGCUGUGAUAGUAUUUACUUCGAAUCGUCAUAAAUUACAAAGUUUAUGCAUUCACGAUAUUUUCCGUCUGUAUACAAUCCUUUGUGGUUCAUCCAAUUUUAGUCUGUCAUAUUUAAUUUCAGCCAAUCCGCAUAUUCGAUUUAUUGAAUGUUCAUCUUAUAUGAACUCAUCAUCUUCUACAUCAUCGUAUCAUUCCCUUCCUUUUGUAAGAUCAUCAAAACUUUGUAAUUGUUAUGCAUCUUAUCAUCAAACACAUUAUCAUUACUGUAAAAUUAGUUUAUUAAGUCUUGUACAAUUUGGUGAAGUAAAUGGUUUAAUAAGACGAAUUCAAUGUUAUCCUAUAAGUGAUAAAUUAGAAGUAUCUGCUGAACAACAAAUUAAAUAUCGGAUGUCAUCAUCAGUUAUGUCAUCAAAAGAAGCAAUUCCUGCAAUAAUAACAACUACUACAACUGUUACGACAACCAGUAGUACGAGUUCCAAUACAAGUAUGCAACAGCAAUUAAUACAGUUUCAAACUAAAAAUUCUUCAUCUGUAUUACGGCAUAAUUCACGUAAAUUUACUAAAAAACCACAAAUAAUUAAUGAACAAACAUGGUCUAUUUCAAGAUCCUUACUAAUGGAUAGUCAGCAUAGUUUAGAUUCAAUUAUUACAUUUUUAUUAACAAAUAAUGGUAGUACAACAAAAUAUUCUUCAUGUGGAUUUAAAAUACCAGAAUAUAUUAGUGAUCUAUUAAAUUUAUAUCGUUUUGAUGAAGAAUGUCUUGGUAGACAAAUAUCUUAUUGUGAUCGUGAUUCAUCUUUUUUUAAUAAAACUAAAACUUCCGGUAGUUUCAGUUUCAGUCCUGAUGAAACUAAUUUUACCAUUCAUAACAAUAAUAAUAGUCAAACUGUUGAAGAAAUUAUUGUACAUGAUCGAAUAUGGUCUAAGCCAGAAAAUAAUAUGACAACAUUUGUAGAGCCAUUAAAUUUGGAUAAGAUAAACUUUAUAUUACCGGAUCUUUAUUGGAUGUGGCGUUGA